AAAACGCGUAAUAAUGUUUAUUUAAAAGAGAGACCGCGGCACUCCUCAUCUCUCACCUGAACCUUCACUGGUGUCACCAACAAUGUCUGCAUGAGUAUUCCCCUCCGUAAUCUUCAUCUCCGAAUUGGCUCAGUCCCAGUUACCGACUGGUCUCAUCUCUCCCGAGAAUGGUUAAUAAAGUUGUCCGUAAAUCGAACAACGGCUCCUUGCUUUUUGAACCAGAAAUUGUCGACCGUAUACACCGCUUCUGACAACUAGUGAACCUACUCCUCCCGUAGUCCCUAUACCUGCAUAUUCAACUAUGUCGUCUGAAACAUCCUCCAGUCUUUCCUCCUUGGCCCGUUCCAAGUUGCACCAGUGUAACUUGCAUCGUUGGGUGCUACUCAAAAAUUCUAUUAUCAAUGCAUUACCUGUUGCUAGUACUUCUUCAACAACCGACUACGCAGACGCGGGGCUUCCUCAAGCAGAAGUCGAGGAUGAAGAAAUCAGUACUGAAGAUACCGACUCGUUCAUGUUUCCAGACGCUGGAAAGUUGGUGGACAGUUCUGGUCGUGAUAAUGCCUCGGAAGCUCAGUGGUUAGACUCAUUAUUGGAAACACUUGGCGACGACGAGGAAGACGAUUUUGGUGCGGACAGUGGGUCUGUCUCACAAAUAGACGAUGACUAUGACCAAAUGCUGAGUCCACUGCCAUCUCCUAUGUCUUCGUCGGACGACCUCAUCAACGACUCUUACCUUUCAUCGUCGUUUUCUUAUCCAUAUCUUGCCCCAUAUCCUCCAUUUCAUCCCCCGCUUAUCAAUCCCUAUCACUUUGAUUCUACUUCGGCUUCAUCUCCCUAUGUUGACCCUUUACCAUACUAUGAGCUGGACGACGAUGUCCCAGACCUCCCUGUCCCGGAUGCAAUUGAAGACACGUCUGAUGACGAGUCAGACUCGCCACUUACGCCUUCUGGUCAGUCGAGUUCUUCGUUGACCUUGAUUGAUCCAGCCGCUAUUCCACUUCCUGCUGACAGGCCUCGUAUCGUCAGCCGUGCUGCACUCCACAUUUUCAUUGACUCGGACGAUUCUUCAUUUUACCCUUAUGAGCUCGGCCCUGACCCCUUACCGUUCUCCGACGACUUUCGCUCUCCGUAUAAUAUGUAUCAACAAGAAUGCUAGCGGUAUUGUUCUCGCUCUGGUGCUUUCAACUUCAAUUCGUUAGAUGUACAUGCAUGUUCUCUAUCAUGUUUUCAUACUCGUGCUCUUCCAACUUAUCAUAUGCUCAUUAUUACUCCCUCAUUACUCACUCUUACUUAUAUCUUGCUCCCUCUAUGGUCUUCACUGUGUAUACCGUUCUUACACUGUAUAUAUCUCGGAAAUACAAUCCUUGUCGUA